AUGACCUCAGUUUCAACACAGUUGCUCUUAGUCCUCAUUUCAUUGUUUUUGGUUUCCGCAGUUGUUGAAGCAGUAGGAGAGGGGGAUGCAAUCACUCUCUUGUCACAUGUGGUUGUCAGCACUGCAUGCAUCUGUGCUUGCCUUAGUGCCUCUGCACGGAAGAGAAAUGAAGAGACCUGA